AUGAGACAAUUACCUUCAACUUCUUCAAGUCCUAUUUCAACUCCUGUUACUUCUACUACUUACACUUCAUUUUCACGUCCCAGUUCACUUAGAAUUCAUACAUAUUCACAUACUGGUGAAAAGCCAUUUGUUUGCACAGAACCAGGAUGUGGUAGAAAAUUUUCAGUACAAAGUAAUAUGAGAAGACAUCUUCGAGUUCAUCGAAUGGGUAGACCUGCAAAGAAAAAUCGUUAUGAUGGUGAAGUAGAAGGACUUAAGCAAGCUCAAGCCACAGGAACACCCAUAAAAACACAAGCAAGAGCAUGUACAAUAUUACCCGCAUUUGUAGGAUUAAAAUUUUUAGUUCAUAAUGGUAAAAAUUAUGUUCCUGUUACAAUUGCUGAAGAAAUGAUUGGUCAUAAAUUGGGGGAAUUUAGUCCAACUAGACAGAGAUUUACUUUUAGAAAGACCAAGAAUAAACAUUACGCGUUAAUCGAUUGUCCGGGUCAUGCUGAUUAUAUUAAAAACAUGAUUACUGGUGCUGCCCAAGCUAACGGUGGAAUUUUAGUAGUCGAUGCUAGUAAAGGAGUAGGAGGACAAAAACAAGCUGAGGAACACCUUCUAAA